GUUUCCCAUCAAGAAAUGGUUAUUGAAAUACAAGAAUUUUCUUAAUUUUCUAAUUUUAUUUUUUAGAUAUGAGUGUUAUAUAUGAAAGAAAUUCUUUGUCACGAAACAGAGAAGCUCGUGGUUUGCCUCCGUUCACCGAACAAUCUGAUACAUUAAGCGCGUCUUUGAAUGUUCCUGGCUCUAUAGAAAACGAAAAUCUCAUCACACAAUCCAUUAAGAGUAGCGUUGAAAAGAAAAAAUUAUCUUUACAGCUUUCUUUAACUGGUGCAACAGAGAAUUAUCCGUCAAAUACAACACACGCUGUCUGUAACGAUUCAGACGAACCUCCCGAAAAUCCGACCGAAGCUACCCAAUUGUGUAAAAGCGCUCCUCCGCAGCGUAGCACGCGUCGCCCUCCUCCACCGCCUCCUUUGCGUCGUUCGCAAGUUGUUACAGAAUCCUCGAAAUCUACAGACUCUUCUGAAUUGAAUGAGUUUAUCAUUAAAAUACCAAAACCUCCUUUAGGUGUUGUAUCACGUCGUAUACAGUGGCAACAAAUAAACAAAUCUAAAUUAUCCUGCAGUUUGUGGAAUCGGAAACUCCUCAAUAACAUUUCUUAUGAAAAAAUAAAAAACAAAUCAACUUUUUUGGAUAUUAACUAUGAUAUUAUUACAUCUUUAUUUUUUGAAAAAGUGGAGAUCAACGCAAAAAGUGCUCUUACUCCGUCUUCAGCAAGAAAUAGUUUAAGGAACUCUUCUGACGUAACCUCUGGAAAAACACCCGUUGUAUCUAUUUUGGAUGCAAAAAGAAGGCAAAAUAUUGAGAUUUGUUUAAAAGGAUUAGGACUUUUAGAUGAUAUUACCCCACUUAUUCGUACGGUCAUUGAUUUAUCCCUUUUUCAAAAGGACUUUAAAGAAUCUGCAUCUUGUGCUUGUUUAACUGCUGAAAGUUUACAAUUGGUUUUAAGUUUAUAUCCAACAAAGCAAGAAGAAGAGUUACUGCGCCAUGCUUCUUCAAAUCUGGAAAAGAAUAUGGUUUUAGGAAAGGCUGAAAUUUUUUUAUUAAAACUCAUGGAUAUUCCAUAUUUUUGUGAAAGAGCUCAAUGUUGUUUAAUUCGUCUAACCCUUGUAGAUGAAAUCAAUGAAAUACUUCAUUCUCUCCAAUUAUUGCGUCAUUUGGUUGAAAAAAUCCUUGAAACACUACAAAACGGAGGGUUACGUUCUAUUUUAGAUUUUAUUCUUCAUGUUGGCAAUUAUCUGAAUUAUGGUUAUCACAAAGGAGGUUUUUUAGGAUUUUCAUUAGAAUUCCUACCACAAAUCAAACAUGUUCGCAGCGUGGAUAAUUCUACAACAUUAUUAGGAGUUUUAGCCAAUGUCAUUCAAGAACAGAAACCUUUAAUAUGGAAAGAACUGCAAACAAUUGUAUCCUUUAGUCAAAAUGUCUCUGCUCUAUGGUUACGUGAAGCCGAAACAACACUCAAAACAACAAGAAAACAACUUGAACUUGUUAGCUCCCAGCUUUUAAAAAUGCAAAAUAACACACUUUUUGUGAAAAUUUUUUCAAAAUUUAAUACAACAGGAGAAGCACUAGUGAAAGUGUGUGAACAGGAAGCUAAAACAGUGAAUGAUUCUUUAAUUCAAUUGACUCGAAUAUGUGGCGAACGAGAAGAGACCAUAACCAUGGCUUUUACUUUAAUUAAUUAUUUAAAAAGUUUUUGUAAAGAUUUGUUCUUAGCUUUAGACAAAAAUCUUGAGUCAAAGAAACGUAUUCAUAGUAAAUUACAUAAAGGAAAAAAGAAACAAGAAAAGAGUAUAGAUGUUUUGAAAAGUUGUGAUAGUGGAUUAAAUACCGAAAUCACUUUAUCAACUUCUGUGUCUCAAAAAAGUCGCGAGGAUCUUUUAGAAGAUCUUCAAGAUGACGAUAUUAAAACUGAAAUUAUAGGUGAUAGAAAUGUUGACAUUGAUGAAGAAGUCCAUGAUAAGAAGGUCCAAGCUACUGAAGAUGUUAAUCCAGUAAUAGAAAGCCAGCAUCAAGACCAUCCGAUUUUUUUACCUACUAAUAAUAAUUUUUCUACAACACGGUAUUAUGAACAAUUCACAAGUAGCCAUAUAUCAAAAGUAAAAGAUCCUAUAUUUGUUCGUCCAAUUUUUCCUCCUGCCGACGCUUCAUGCUCACCGAAUGAGGUAAAACAAAUAAAUUUGAAUGAAGAGAAUCAGUUGCACACGUAUACUGAGACACCCCAUCAACUCACACUUAAUAAACAAGGUUUAAAAGAAAAAAAACUAGAAACAGCAAAAUCUACGCCAAAAGUUCCACGUUUAGUUCUGGAUCAAUUACUUAAUUGUUUAGGAGACAAAAACGAUCAGGUUGCAACUGCACGCAACGUAACAUGUAACAAUAACACUCAAGUACAGUUUAAAAAGCUUGAGACAUCGAAUCAUUAUAAUCUUGCAACAUCACGAGGUCACCUUAAAAAUUUUAAAAAUACAGUUCCCCUUACCGAAAAAUUCACAAAGAAGACACCUUCCCUUAUCAAUGAAAAACCAAAAUGUUUUGUUAGAGCAAAACAUGCUGAAUACAAUAAAUUGCAACAAGAACUUUUUACCUCUUCCGAAACGAAAACAACUACAACACACGUCAAUUUUAUGACAAACCUUUCCAAGAGACCACCCAAUAGUAUACCCCAAGGCACAGUACCUAAAGAUUCACGUCAAUCGUUUUUAGAAAAAUAUUAUGCAAAGCAAAGUGAUUCUAUUUCAACUACAACGCCUUCUCCAUCCAAAGCCCCAUCAAAGCAUAAUCUGUUUUCCUUUUCAUCUUUAAAAAAAACGGCUCUGACGUCUAAAAAAAGUAUAACACGGAAACUUGAACGCCUAGUUUAGCUGCUUUUUUUAAUCUAACGCCAAUAGAUUCAGUAGAAUUUCAUCAAAAUUUAUGUGGAGUAACCGAUAUAGAGCUUCCGAAAUAAUUGUUUCACCAGCAAUCACAUGCAACACUUAAGGUUUUUUAUGAAAACGAAUUUUAAACAAUCCUUCGUCGCAAUUCGUUUUCUUUGAAUAAUUCAUUUUUUUACAGGAAAAUUAAUUUUUUGUAGUAUUUGUUCAUGUUACAAAGCAACAUAAUGUUCUUUUAUUACAGUUUAAUUAAACUAGUUUUAACGCCUCAAAAUUUUAAUAUAGCUAAUAUUAAAAGCCGAGUUGUAAGAGAAAUUUUUUUUUUUUCAAUCAGAUCCAUUUUUUUUUUUUAAAACAAAACAAAUAAACUCUUCUUUUUUAUUUAAUAAAGAAUUUAUU